UACCCUUCGUUGAAAUGGCAGUUCAGGCAAAUGUGCAAACACAGCCGUCUUCUUCUACUUCUACUGUUUCCACUUCUAAAGAGAAGCAAUUUCAUUCUGUAGAGGAAUACCGGAAAGCUCUUGAAAAGUUUGAAGCUCCAAAUGUGGGAGGAGAAAUAAAUUCCACAGCAUCUGAAGAGAUUAGUCGUUCCAGGGACCCACUCAUCGAUGAAUUUUUCGAACUUAUUGCCAACACUGGCCGACCUCACCUUCCUUGGGAAUUAAUUCAAAAGGCAUUUAUAUGGAAAUUACAGGCUGUUAUGGAUGGAAUGCAUAUAAUUGAGGCUGGACAGCAAAAAGAUGAUCAUAAGAAGGAAGAAUUGAUUAAUGAUAAAGAAAUUGGUGAUUUAAAGCAUUUUAUCAUGGAUAAAGCUAAAGAGUUUGAUGGCACGCCGUUUACUAUACAAAGAUUAUGUGAGCUUUUAAUUGAACCAAAUAAGCAUUACAAUCGAACGGGGGUGUUUUUGCGGGCUUUGGAGAAGAAUAUUAAUGUGAUGACUACAAUUACAGAGGACGGUCUGAGGAUUACUGGAGUAGAAGAUGAGACAGCAAUUGGUAUGGAAGAUGAUGUUUCAGUACCUGUUGAGUGUAAUUUUAUUGUUAGUGUAAGUUUUUUAUAUUAUUUGUUGCAGGAAGGAUUUUAA